AAUAACUAUCCACUAUAUUGUAGAGAAUUUUAUAAAAUAAAUAUUAACUUAUAUUCAAAUUGUAAUCACAAUGAAUUUCAAGAUAAUCUCAAUUGUUUUAUGUGUUUUCCUACUUAACUCACAUUUAUCUCAUUCGCAAAGCAAUGAUAUCUACAAACAGGCAAAGAAUUCACGCGAUUUUACGGGCAAAGUAGUACUGGUCACCGGAUCCAGUUCCGGCAUAGGGGAGGGUAUCGCUAAGCUGUUCUCAGUAUUGGGCGCCAAUGUUGUGGUCACCGGUAGGAAAGAAGAUCAAGUGAAACGUGUGGCACAAGAAGUCCAGGAAUUAUCGCCUAAAAAAUUAAAGCCUUUGGCUGUUGUGGCGGAUGUGACCAAAAGUGAUGACUUGAAUAAUCUAAUGAAUCAAACCAUCAAAACAUUUGGCAAAUUAGAUGUACUUGUUAAUAACGCGGGAAUGGGUAUGUUUGUUAGCGUCAAGGAUAAGAAUUUAAUGAAAGUCUUUGAUAACGUACUCCGGAUUAAUCUGAGGGCUUACGUC